CAGAACUCGGCAGCUGGCUCUGUGGUGAUGAACGGGGGGUUUGGUGCUUAGACAUAACGUGGGAACAUCUGCGUCCACGGACAGCUGGAGGCAUUGCGCGCGCCAGGGUUACGAUAACGUCACCUCACGGAAAAGUGAUGAGAGCUGAAGGCUAUAGCUGAUUCUUUGGGGAUAAUGGAGGAUGACUGCAGGCCUCUGCUGGGUUAUGAGCCCACUGGUGAGAGUUACUCCCACAGAGGAUCCACUGGCUCACUGGACAUCAGAACUAAAAGGCCUUUCCAUGUGGAGCCCAGGAACAUUGUAAGAGAUGACCCGCAGGAGAGGAUCUCUGCUGAAGCUGCCAUCCUUAACAGCAGAGUCCAUUACUACAGCAGACUGACAGGCUCCUCUGACACAGUGCUGAGUCCUCCUAACCACGUGAUCCCCACAGCAGAGGAGAUCUACAUCUACAGUCCACUGGGGACAGCGUUCAAGGUUCCAGACUGUGACCCUGCUUCUAAGAAUCCCAGCAUCGUCACCAUCUUUGCCAUAUGGAACACUAUGAUGGGUACAUCCAUACUCAGUAUACCAUGGGGAAUUAAGCAAGCGGGGUUCACUCUGGGGAUCAUCAUCCUCAUUUUCACUGGCCUGCUAAUGCUCUACUGUUGUUACAUUGUCAUCAAAUCACCAAAGGCAAUAAAGGGUGUGGACACUUCCAACUGGGAAUUCCCUGAUGUUUGUAGGUUCUACUUUGGAAAGUCUGGGCAGUGGUCAAGCUUGGUCUUCUCCAUGGUGUCCCUUAUUGGAGCCAUGGUGGUCUACUGGGUCCUCAUGUCCAACUUCCUCUACAACACUGGCCAGUUCAUCUACAGCCACGCCCACAAUGUCAGCACGUCUGAUUCAGAAUAUGGAACCAAUGGCUCUGUUAGAGUCAUCUGCCCAUACCCCAAAACUAACCCUGGAAGAAAUGACACCAUGAGCACGCUGUGCCUAGGCACCAUGGGGAAUGAUACGUCAGAGAACAGCUUUGAACACUACUGGAGUAAAAACCGCACCAUCCCCCUCUACCUCAUCAUCCUGCUGCUGCCACUGCUCUGCUUUCGGUCGGCCUCUUUCUUUGCAAGGUUUACUUUCUUUGGCACCAUAUCAGUCAUUUACCUGAUUGUGCUGGUCACCAUCAAAGCUGCCCGCCUUGGCUUCCACCUAGAGUUCCACUGGUUCGAGCCAUCCCAGUUCUAUGUUCCAGAUUUCAGACUUCUUUUUCCACAGCUGACUGGUGUCCUCACACUGGCCUUCUUCAUUCACAACUGCAUCAUCACCCUAAUGAAGAGUAACAAAAACCAGGAACAUAAUGUAAGGGACCUGUCCCUGGCUUAUCUUCUUGUUGGAGGGACAUACAUGUAUGUGGGGGUGUUAAUCUUUGCUGCCUUUCCCUCACCUCCUCUCUCCAAAGACUGCAUUGAACCAAACUUCUUAGAUAACUUCUCCAGCAGUGAUGUGAUGGUGUUUGUGGCUCGUGUCUGCUUGCUGUUCCAAAUGGUUACUGUCUACCCUCUAUUGGGCUACUUGGUACGAGUCCAAAUUAUGGGUCAGUUGUUUGGAAAUCAUUAUCCCAGUUUCAUUCACAUUCUUGUGCUGAAUAUUUUUAUUGUUGGGACUGGAGUUUUGAUGGCCAUGUUUUAUCCCAACAUUGGAUCUAUUAUACGAUUUUCCGGAGCAAUCUGUGGACUGGCUUUAGUGUUUUUUCUUCCUGCUUUAGUCCACAUGGUCUCUCUGAAGCAGCAGGGGAACCUCACCUGGCAGUCAGCUGUUUUCCACACUUUCCUCAUUGUACUGGGUAUUGCAAACCUGCUUGCUCAGUUCUUUAUGUAGGAAACAACCAGCCAACAUUUCCUGGAUGAGAAGAUCUAAUUAGAGGGUCCAGCUAGUGCCAUUUAAAAGUGUUGUGGUGUGAACACACAGCAGGCUCCAAGCUUUUACUAUCUGCAUAUUUAUUUCAAGACAUCCUUCAUAUUAAAUAUAAUUUAUAAUCAUGACUUGUUUGAACAUACAGUGAGUUAAAAAAUUAUUAAAAACAUAAACAUUUUUCUCAGGUUAAAUAUUUUCAACAUAAAGUUGACACUUGAUGUCAGCAACAAUCCAAGUAAUCCACUGAUACAAAUAAAUCUAAGCAAAUUAGUCCAUAAACUGAGUUAUAUGUAAUGAAACGGAAUGCUACAGAGAAGAAGUGUUUAACAAAUGAUGAAAAGGAUGUGCAAAGAGCCGUACAAAAGAAAGAAACCAGCUAAAAUCUGACUAUUUAGAAAGCAUUCCUGCUGCAAUGUCCAGAUUGAUACCAGCUUUGUUUAACAUUAACUAAUGGCCUAUAAAAUGGGCUUCUCAUUACCAAAGUAUUACCACAGAGUGGUAGGAUUGGUCAACGGAAAGAGACCAUCACAUAAAAUUAAUACUCAAGUCAAUAGUUGCAUUUCUAAACUUCUAGAUUUUCUGUUGGAACCAUAAUCUGGAAGUUGAAGGAACAUAAUUUCACCAUAAACCAGCCAGGUCCUCUCUUGCUGGAUUUCAGUCAAAAGAAUAACUAGAACAGUUGUGCAAGACAAACUGGUACUCACAACGGGCUUCAAAAAAGUUCUGGAAAUGGCAGGUAUAAUCCCUAUGAAAACAAUAUGUAGUUCCCUCAGCAGCAGUGGCCUCUCUGCACAAGACUCUACUCCUGAAGAAAAACAUGUUGAAGCUUGUUUGCUGCAGAGGAUUUGAUGAUUUGGACAAGCCUAUGAAAUACUGAGAAAAUAUUGUUUGGUCAAAUGAGGCGUCUGUCAUUGCUCACAUGUUUGCAGGAAGUCUGGUUCUGCUUACAGGUGGGAACAUCAUGGUUAGAUCACAUGGUUCUGGCAGACUCCAUAUAAUUAAAGCAAGGACAAAUGGAUAAAUGUACAGAGACAUUCUUGAUAAGAAUAUAAGGAUUAAACAAAUUUGGAGUUCCAAGCAAGUCCUAAAUGUCCAAGGGAACUUAUUUGGUUUUAGUAAAAACAUAAAACUGUUAGUGAGGACCAAUCAGCUGACCUAAAGGACAAUCGGUGGAAAGAAUUGAACUACAGAAUGCAAUUAAAGGACCCCUUUGCAUGGAAAAAUGGGUCAAAAUCCUACCUGAGCAAUGCAUGCGAUCAGUUUCUCUGUCUAUGGGAGACAUCUUGAAGAUGCUACCGAGAAAGGCCUUUUGACAAGCAUUUAAGACAUUUCUAUGUUCUUGAUACUUCCAUGUGGCAUCACAUUUUCGUCACAAGUUGUAUGAGUGGAUUGCCUGGUUUGUUGCCAAGGUCUAAAAUGAAUUUUCUGUCAGUGUCACAAUUAGAAAUUAUUUUUACUUGCCUUUUUAUGCAAACCAGCUUUUGCUUAUUUUAUUAUGUUUACUGUGACAUUGGAAUAGGUAUACUGAUAUUUUGUCCUCUGUCACCUGAUCCCUACCGUAAUCAAACGGCACUGUACCAUAUCGGCACAAUAUGUUAUCUCAUCAGCUUCUACAGAAGGCUGGCUUGAACCUCUGCAAAAUCUAAUUUUAUUUGUUGUAGAGCACUUUUCAUCAGCAAAGUGCAACACAAAGUGCUUUACAGCGGUUAAAAGACAGACAGACUCGAGACACAAAAAAAAACAGACAGCAAAAAUUAUGAUUAUAUUACGAUGAAGAGCUAAAAGAUGAACCUAUCACUUAUGAGGGAUAAGGAAUUGUGGAAGCGCAAUCGUGUAGAUUAGCAAGAAAAUAUUAAAAUGUAUACAAGCAAAAUUAUUGUAGUUUAAAAAUUAAAUGGUAAACUAUUCUGAAAUAACUAUUGUAAAAAAAAAAAAAA